ACUUCUCCCCCCUCUCUUUCAGCACCCCAACACGAAAACAAAACAAACCGAGCUCUCUCUCUCUCUCUCUCUCUCUCUCUCUCUCUCUCUCUCUCUCCUCCCCACCCCCAUUCCUUUUAGGGCGCGACGAUGAAGGCGGAGGUGGCCGUGGGCGUAGGAGGGGAUGCGGCGGAGGAGGUGGAGGGGAGCGGGGAGGAGGCGGCGUUCCUUCGCGGGAGCCCGUCGGGGAGCCUCCGGCGGAGGGCGGCGGGGGACGGCUGCGCCGACAUGCGCCGCCCCUCCUUCCGCAGCGACGUGGAGCACGCCGCCGCGGAGACGUACCUCGUCACCCGCCUCACCCUCACCCUCCUCCAAUACCUCGGGUUAGGUUCGCGGUGGAUUUCAAAGUUUCUUGCCCUUGGCUUCUAUGCUAUAUUGCUUAUGCCAGGUUUCCUACAAGUUGGGUAUUACUACUUCUUCUCUAGUCAGGUCCGCAGAAGUGUUGUCUAUGGAGAACAACCAAGAAAUCGGUUGGAUCUCUAUCUACCAAAAGAUAGCAAGGGGCCAAGUCCAGUUGUGGCAUUUGUAACUGGUGGGGCUUGGAUUAUUGGUUACAAAGCAUGGGGUGCUCUUCUGGGUAGGAGGUUGGCAGAAAGAGGAAUUAUAGUCGCUUGCAUAGAUUACAGAAAUUUUCCUCAAGGGACUAUAAGUGAUAUGGUGGCAUUUUCUUGCAGAAAUUUUCCUCAAGGGACUAUAAGUGAUAUGGUGAGAGAUGCUUCUCAAGGAAUAUCAUUUGUAUGCAACAAUAUCAGUAGUUAUGGAGGCGACCCUAACCAAAUCUACUUAAUUGGACAAUCAGCAGGAGCACAUAUCGCUGCUUGCUCCCUCUUGGAUCAGGCAAUUAAAGAAGCAGAAGGAGAAGUCAUUAAUUGGAGUGUCUCCCAGAUAAAAACAUACUUCGGGUUAUCUGGCGGAUACAAUAUGUCAAAUUUGGUUGAUCAUUUCCAUGAACGUGGUCUUUAUAGAAGGAUAUUUCUCAGCAUAAUGGAAGGAGAGCAAGCACUGUGGCGUUUCUCUCCAGAAAUUGUGGUAAAGGAGGCAAGUGUAAAAGCAAUAUCUCUACUACCUCCUAUUAUACUCUUUCAUGGGACAGACGACUAUUCUAUACCACCAUCUGCCAGCAAAACUUUUGCUGAUGCUCUUCGAAGUGCUGGUGCUCAAGCUAAAUUGGUUUUGUAUGAAGGCAAAACGCAUACUGAUUUGUUUAUACAGGAUCCUCUUAGAGGUGGUAGAGAUGAGCUAAUUGAGAAUAUUGUUGCUGUUAUUCAUGCUGAUGAUCCAAUUGCUUGUGCCAAUGAUGCUGCAGCACCUAGACCAAGGCGCUUAGUUCCUGAGUGGCAAUUGCAGUUGGCUCGUAAAGUCAGUCCCUUUUGAGGAGAACAUUUUCCUCCUUGCUUAUGCUCUUUUCAGUUUUACCGAUGUCUGACGCAUGUAGCAGCAAAAACUUGGAAAACUGAACAUGUAUUUGGAAAUGGACAGCUCAGGAUAUUUGAUCAAUGAACCAGCUAGUAAAAGACCAAAAGUGUUCACUGGAAGUAGAAACUGCUUGAUCGGAGGUGUUUAGAGGUGUCUAGACACUAACUUCCCUUCCCCACUAUUAUGGGCCAGCAUGUACAGAAACAGUAAGAAAUUUCGGCACAUGUUAUUUGUUGAUUGUAUAUAUUUUCUAUUGCAAUUUCUUUUUAAAUCCUCUUAAACUGGUUUAGAUAACCCGAUAUAAUAUUAUCUACUUUUCUUGUUCAUCAA